AUGUCCAACCGGCCUAAUAACAAUCCAGGGGGGUCACUGCGACGUUCACAGAGGAACACUGCCGGGGCCCAACCACAAGACGACUCGAUAGGAGGAAGGUCACAUUUAGGGCAGGCAAAACAUAAGGGAUAUAGCCCUCCUGAGAGUAGAAAAUCUAAUUCUAAGGCACCCAAAGUGCAGUCUAAUACUACUUCUGAACUGUCAAGGGGACACCUUUCUAAAAGAAGCUGCAGUUCGUCAUCUGCUGUCAUAGUCCCACAACCAGAGGAUCCAGACAGAGCCAAUACUUCAGAAAAGCAGAAAACGGGGCAGGUGCCUAAGAAAGACAAUUCUCGAGGAGUGAAACGCAGUGCUAGUCCAGACUACAACAGGACCAAUUCUCCUAGCUCUGCCAAAAAACCCAAAGCACUUCAGCAUACUGAAUCUCCCUCAGAAACGAGUAAGCCACAUAGUAAGUCAAAGAAGAGACACUUAGACCAGGAGCCACAACUGAAAUCUACACCAUCUCCAUCCACGAGCAAGGCUCAUACCAGAAAGAGUGGGGCCGCUGCUGGUUCACGGAGUCAGAAAAGAAAGAGGACAGAGAGUUCUUGUAUAAAGAGUGCUUCUGUGUCUGAAGCCACUGGUGCCGAAGAGAGAUCUGCAAAACCUACCAAGCUGGCUUCAAAAUCGGCCGCCUCAGCCAAAGCUGGGUGUAGCACCAUCACCGACUCGUCCUCCGCUGCCUCGACCUCCUCCUCGUCCUCUGCCGUCGCCUCGGCCUCCUCUGCUGUUCCACCAGGUGCCAGGGUGAAACAAGGAAAAGACCAGAACAAGGCCAGGCGUUCCCGCUCAGCAUCCAGCCCCAGCCCCAGGAGAAGCAGCAGGGAAAAGGAACAGAGUAAAACUGGUGGCUCUUCAAAAUUCGAUUGGGCUGCUCGCUUCAGCCCUAAAGUCAGCCUUCCUAAAACAAAACUGUCUCUUCCAGGGUCUUCUAAGUCAGAGACAUCCAAACCUGGACCUUCCGGAUUACAGGCCAAAUUAGCAAGUUUAAGAAAAUCUACCAAGAAGCGCAGCGAAUCCCCGCCUGCCGAGCUCCCCAGUUUGAGGCGGAGCACACGCCAAAAGACCACGGGCUCCUGCGCUAGUGCCAGUCGGCGAGGCUCUGGCCUGGGCAAAAGAGGAGCAGCUGAAGCUCGUCGACAGGAGAAGAUGGCCGACCCUGAAGGCAACCAGGAUACGGUGAACUCUUCAGCUGCACGGACAGACGAGACUCCCCAGGGAGCCGCAGCCUCUAGUUCUGUUGCAGGGGCUGUGGGCAUGACCACCUCUGGGGAGAGCGAAUCUGAUGACUCCGAGAUGGGACGGUUGCAAGCUCUGUUAGAGGCCAGGGGUCUUCCCCCUCACCUGUUUGGUCCUCUUGGUCCUCGGAUGUCACAGCUUUUCCAUAGGACAAUUGGAAGCGGAGCUAGUUCUAAGGCCCAGCAGCUUCUGCAAGGACUACAAGCAAGUGACGAAAGCCAGCAGCUCCAGGCCGUUAUUGAGAUGUGUCAAUUACUGGUCAUGGGGAAUGAGGAGACGCUGGGAGGGUUUCCUGUCAAGAGUGUGGUUCCAGCUUUGAUAACAUUGCUGCAGAUGGAGCAUAAUUUUGAUAUUAUGAACCAUGCCUGUCGAGCCUUAACGUACAUGAUGGAAGCACUUCCUCGAUCAUCGGCUGUGGUAGUAGAUGCAAUUCCUGUCUUUUUAGAAAAGCUGCAAGUUAUUCAGUGUAUUGAUGUGGCCGAGCAGGCCUUGACGGCCUUGGAGAUGUUAUCACGUAGACACAGUAAAGCCAUUCUCCAGGCGGGUGGUUUGGCAGACUGCUUGCUGUAUCUAGAGUUCUUCAGCAUAAAUGCCCAAAGAAAUGCACUAGCAAUUGCAGCCAAUUGCUGCCAGAGUAUCACGCCAGAUGAAUUUCAUUUUGUGGCGGAUUCCCUCCCAUUGCUUACCCAAAGGCUAACCCACCAGGACAAAAAGUCAGUAGAAAGCACUUGCCUUUGUUUUGCACGUCUAGUGGACAACUUUCAGCAUGAGGAGAAUUUACUCCAGCAGGUUGCUUCCAAAGAUCUGCUAACAAAUGUUCAACAACUAUUGGUAGUAACUCCACCAAUUUUAAGUUCUGGGAUGUUUAUAAUGGUGGUUCGCAUGUUUUCUCUGAUGUGUUCCAAUUGUCCAACUUUAGCAGUUCAACUUAUGAAGCAAAACAUUGCAGAAACGCUUCACUUUCUCCUGUGUGGUGCCUCCAAUGGAAGUUGUCAGGAGCAGAUUGAUCUUGUUCCACGAAGUCCUCAAGAACUGUAUGAGCUGACGUCUCUGAUUUGUGAACUUAUGCCAUGUUUACCAAAGGAAGGCAUUUUUGCAGUUGAUACCAUGCUGAAGAAGGGCAAUGCACAGAACACGGAUGGGGCCAUAUGGCAGUGGCGGGACGACCGGGGCCUCUGGCACCCCUAUAACAGGAUAGAUAGCCGGAUCAUUGAGGCAGCCCAUCAGGUCGGUGAGGAUGAGAUAAGCUUGUCCACUCUGGGACGAGUUUAUACUAUUGAUUUUAAUUCUAUGCAGCAAAUCAAUGAGGACACGGGAACAGCACGUGCCAUUCAGAGAAAACCUAACCCCUUAGCCAAUACUAACACUAGUGGAUAUUCAGAGUUAAAGAAGGAUGAUGCUCGAGCACAGCUUAUGAAAGAGGAUCCGGAACUGGCUAAGUCUUUUAUUAAGACGUUAUUUGGUGUUCUUUAUGAAGUGUAUAGUUCCUCAGCAGGACCUGCGGUCAGACAUAAGUGCCUUAGAGCAAUUCUUAGGAUAAUUUAUUUCGCGGAUGCCGAACUUCUAAAGGAUGUCCUGAAAAACCAUGCUGUUUCAAGUCAUAUUGCUUCCAUGCUAUCAAGCCAAGACCUGAAGAUAGUAGUUGGAGCCCUUCAAAUGGCAGAGAUCUUAAUGCAGAAGUUACCUGAUAUUUUUAGUGUUUACUUCAGAAGAGAAGGGGUGAUGCAUCAGGUCAAGCACCUAGCAGAGUCCGAGUCGUUAUUGACGAGCCCACCGAAGGCCUGUGCAAAUGGGUCCGGGUCCUUGGGGUCCACGCCAUCAGUCAACAGUGGGACAGCCACGGCCGCCACCAACGCCUCGGCUGACCUGGGGUCCCCCAGCUUGCAGCACAGCAGAGACGAUUCUCUAGACCUGAGCCCUCAAGGUCGAUUAAGUGAUGUUCUAAAGAGAAAACGACUGCCAAAACGAGGAUCAAGAAGGCCAAAGUAUUCACCUCCAAGAGAUGAUGACAAAGUAGACAAUCAAGCUAAAAGCCCCACCACUACUCAGUCACCUAAGUCUUCUUUCCUGGCAAGCUUGAAUCCAAAAACGUGGGGAAGGUUAAGCGCACAGUCUAAUAGCAACAACAUUGAGCCAGCACGAACCGCAGGAGUUAGUGGUCUUGCCAGGGCCGCCUCAAAGGACACCAUCUCCAAUAAUAGAGAAAAAAUUAAAGGUUGGAUUAAAGAGCAGGCACAUAAAUUUGUAGAGCGUUACUUCAGUUCUGAGAACAUGGAUGGAAGCAACCCCGCAUUGAAUGUCCUUCAGAGACUUUGUGCUGCGACUGAACAACUCAACCUCCAGGUGGAUGGUGGAGCUGAGUGCCUUGUAGAAAUCCGUAGCAUAGUCUCAGAGUCCGAUGUUUCAUCGUUUGAAAUCCAACACAGUGGAUUUGUGAAGCAGCUGUUGCUUUAUUUGACAUCUAAAAGUGAAAAGGACGCUGUGAGCAGAGAGAUCAGAUUAAAGAGAUUCCUUCAUGUAUUUUUUUCUUCUCCACUUCCUGGAGAAGAGCCCAUUGAACGAGUAGAACCAGUGGGUAAUGCACCUUUGUUGGCAUUAGUUCACAAAAUGAACAACUGCCUCAGCCAGAUGGAACAAUUUCCAGUCAAAGUGCAUGACUUUCCCAGUGGAAAUGGGACAGGAGGCAGCUUCUCUCUCAACAGAGGAUCACAGGCUUUAAAAUUUUUCAACACCCAUCAGUUAAAAUGCCAGUUACAAAGACAUCCAGACUGUGCAAAUGUGAAGCAGUGGAAGGGUGGACCUGUCAAGAUUGACCCCCUGGCUUUGGUGCAGGCUAUUGAGAGAUACCUUGUAGUUAGAGGGUAUGGAAGAGUAAGAGAAGACGAUGAAGACAGUGAUGACGAUGGCUCUGAUGAGGAAAUAGACGAAUCUCUGGCUGCUCAGUUCUUAAAUUCCGGAAAUGUGAGACACAGGCUACAGUUUUACAUUGGAGAGCAUUUGCUACCGUAUAACAUGACUGUGUAUCAGGCAGUACGGCAGUUCAGCAUACAGGCUGAAGACGAACGAGAGUCCACGGAUGACGAGAGCAAUCCUCUAGGAAGAGCUGGUAUUUGGACGAAAACUCAUACGAUAUGGUACAAACCUGUGCGAGAGGAUGAAGAAAGUAAUAAAGAUUGUGUUGGUGGUAAAAGAGGAAGAGCCCAGACAGCUCCAACAAAAACUUCUCCUAGAAAUGCAAAAAAGCAUGAUGAGCUGUGGAAUGAUGGAGUGUGCCCGUCUGUAUCAAAUCCUUUAGAAGUUUACCUCAUACCCACAGCACCCGAAAAUAUAACUUUUGAAGACCCGUCAUUAGAUGUGAUUCUUCUUUUAAGAGUUUUACACGCCGUCAGUAGAUACUGGUAUUACUUGUAUGAUAAUGCAAUGUGCAAGGAGAUUAUCCCAACUAGUGAAUUUAUUAACAGUAAGUUGACAGCAAAAGCAAAUAGGCAGCUUCAAGAUCCUUUAGUAAUCAUGACAGGAAACAUCCCGACAUGGCUUACUGAACUAGGAAAAACCUGCCCAUUUUUCUUCCCUUUUGAUACCCGGCAAAUGCUUUUCUAUGUAACUGCGUUUGAUCGGGACCGAGCAAUGCAGAGAUUACUUGAUACCAACCCAGAGAUCAACCAGUCUGAUUCUCAAGAUAGCAGAGUUGCACCUAGAUUGGAUAGAAAAAAACGUACUGUGAACAGAGAGGAGCUGCUGAAACAAGCGGAGUCUGUAAUGCAGGAUCUUGGCAGCUCACGGGCCAUGUUAGAAAUCCAGUAUGAAAAUGAGGUUGGCACAGGUCUUGGGCCUACACUGGAGUUUUAUGCACUUGUAUCUCAGGAACUGCAGAGAGCUGACUUGGGUCUCUGGAGAGGGGAGGAAGUAACUCUUAGCAAUCCAAAAGGAAGCCAAGAAGGGACCAAGUAUAUUCAAAACCUCCAAGGCCUGUUUGCGCUUCCCUUUGGUAGGACAGCUAAGCCAGCUCAUAUUGCAAAGGUUAAGAUGAAGUUUCGCUUCUUAGGAAAACUAAUGGCCAAGGCUAUCAUGGAUUUCAGAUUGGUGGACCUUCCCCUGGGCUUACCUUUUUAUAAAUGGAUGCUACGGCAAGAAACUUCGCUGACAUCACACGAUUUGUUUGACAUUGACCCAGUUGUAGCCAGGUCAGUGUAUCACCUUGAAGACAUCGUCCGACAGAAGAAAAGACUUGAACAAGAUAAAUCCCAGACCAAAGAGAGUCUCCAGUAUGCAUUAGAAACCCUGACUAUGAAUGGCUGCUCCGUGGAGGAUCUGGGAUUGGAUUUCACUCUGCCAGGGUUUCCUAACAUUGAACUAAAGAAAGGAGGAAAGGAUAUACCGGUCACCAUCCACAAUUUGGAGGAGUAUUUAAGACUGGUUAUAUUUUGGGCACUAAACGAAGGUGUUUCCAGGCAAUUUGAUUCAUUUAGAGAUGGAUUUGAAUCAGUCUUCCCACUCAGUCAUCUCCAGUACUUCUACCCAGAAGAACUGGAUCAGCUUCUGUGUGGUAGUAAAGCAGACACUUGGGAUGCCAAGACACUGAUGGAAUGCUGCAGGCCAGAUCACGGUUACACUCAUGACAGUCGGGCUGUGAAGUUCUUGUUUGAGAUUCUCAGUAGUUUUGAUAAUGAACAGCAGAGGUUAUUUCUCCAGUUUGUGACAGGUAGCCCACGAUUGCCUGUUGGAGGCUUCCGGAGCUUGAAUCCACCUUUGACCAUUGUCCGGAAGACCUUCGAAUCAACAGAGAACCCAGAUGACUUCCUACCCUCUGUCAUGACCUGUGUGAACUAUCUUAAGUUGCCGGACUAUUCAAGCCUCGAGAUAAUGCGGGAAAAGCUGUUGAUGGCCGCGAGAGAAGGGCAGCAGUCGUUCCAUCUUUCCUGA